UUUAUCAGAUACUAGCUUAUUGUAUGCUUUGAUCUCCAUAUAUUAUGUAACUAAUUGAUUCCACUGAUUAUAUUUUUUUAUCAUGAGCAAAUUAUUUUGAUGAUUAUGGCUUUGUAGUAUAGUUUGAAAUCUGGUACUGCUAGUGUUCCUUCCUUCUUGUUUUUUCCCCCCAUUUUGAUGAUUAUGGAUUUGUAGUGUAGUUUGAAAUCUGGUACUGCUAGGCUUCCUUCCUCUUGUUUUUUCUCCCCAUUAAUUACCUUGAUAUCUUUUCCUUUUGUUCCUCCAGAUGAAUCAUGAUUCUUUUCUAGCUUUAAAGUAGUCUUUUGAUAGUUUGAUUGGUAUGGUAAUUAAUAAAAGUAAACCAAGUUAGAUAAUAUUGUCAUUUUUAUUAUAUCACAUUGGCCUUCCCAAAAAUAUUUCUCCAGUUAUUUAGACUUAUCUUUAUUUGAGUAAGGAGUGUUUUGUAAUUAUGGUAAGCUAGUCUCAAGUAUUUUAUUCAUUUCACAGUUAUUUCAAAUGGAAUUUCUCUAUCUCAUCCUACUGAAUUUUUUUGUCAAUAUACAUAAAUGUAGGUAGUCUGUAUGGGUUUAUUUUAUAUUCUGCAAUUUUACUAAAGUUGUUUUUUAUUUCAAUUAUUUUUUAGUUGACUGUCUAAGGUUAUAUAAAUUAAGUUAUCAUGUCAUCUGUAAAAAGUGAUAAUUUUGUUUCCUCUUUGAUUCUGCUUAUUCCUUUCUUUUCUUUUUCUUGUCUUAUUGCUGUAGCUAGCAUUUCUAGUAUCAUGUUAUUGUUGAUGAGUCAUUUUUCAGUUGUUCUGAUAAGGGAUAUUCUUACUUUCACUCAAUCUUAUUGGAAAGGGUUCUAACUUAUGCCCACUUCAGAAAAUUCUGGCUUUUAGUUUUAAAGAGAUACUGCUUGUUUUAAGGAAAGCUCUAUUUAUUCAUAUGCUUUCUUAGGUUUGUAACAUUCUUUUUUUUAAACAGUAGUAAGUACUAAGCACAUGUACUGAACUACCAUUGUCUUUAUCAAUUCUACUGAUUUAAUAACUUGUAAGAAUCCUUGUUUCAGAGUUCUGGCCCGCCGAUGUUCCAUAGACCUCACUUUCCUCAUUUAAAAAUAAAGAAAUGGUCUAAAUUACUUCUGAGGUUACUUCCAACUCUGUUAUGAUCCUAACAUCCUAAGCAUGCUCUCUAUUUUAUUUCUUAUCUUAGCUUAUCUUAGCUCUGGUUCCCAGGUUUUCUCACAUAAAUAUAUUUUCUUAAAAUACAAUGCUACUAUCUAUUUUGUUUCUAAUGGGGCAAAAAAAAAAAAAAAAAAAAGAAGAAGACAUAGCCUUCAAGAACCAUAUUUUAUCCAUGAAUACCUUCUACAAAGUUAUAAUUUUUAAAUCAAUACUUCUUUAUUUUCCUGUUCCCAUGUAUCAAAUACAAGUAAUUCUUGUUAACAGAAUGAUGCACUCUGUAUAGUAUACUAGAAAGAACAUUUGGAUUUGAAAUUAGUAUUUGGCACUUCUAUUUCCUAGCUGUAUAACCUUGGUGCAGAGAUUCUUAACAUUUUCUGGGUCAUGGGUCCUUAUGAAUUUUAUUGAGUCCUCAGAACAAUGUUUUUGGAUACAUUAAUAACAUUCUUUUAAGAUUUCAAAGAAAACCAAUUACAUGAAAAUAGUUAUCAUAAUUUUUUUUUCUGUGCAUACCUUUUUAUCCAGCAGUGUCUCUACUGGGUUUGCAUCCCAAAGAGAUCAUAAAAAUGGGAAAAGAUCCCACAUGUGCAAAAAUGUUUGUGGCAGCCUUUUUUGUAGUGGCUAGGAAUUGGAGACUGAGUAGAUGCCUGUCAGUUGGGGAAUGGCUGAAUAAGCUAUGGUAUAUAUGGAUGUUAUAGAAUAUUAUUGUUGAAUUCUAUAAAAAAUGAUGAGCAAGAUGAUUUCUGAAAAGCCUGGAGAGACUUCCGUGAACUGAUGCUGAGUAAAGUGAGCAGAGCUAGGAAAACAUUGUAUGCAGUAACAGCAAGAUUAUGUGAUGAUCAGCUCUGAUGGACAUGCUUUUUCUCAAUAAUGAGGUGAUUCAGGUCAAUUCCAAUAGAUUUGUGAUGGAGAGAGCCAUCUAUAUCUAGAGAGAAGUGUAUAGGGACUGAAUGUGGAUCACAACAUGAUAUUUUCACCUUUUGUUGUUGUUGUUGGUUUGCUUGGUUUUUUUCCCUUUUGAUUUGAUUUUUUUUUGUACAGCAUGAUAAAUAUGGAAAUGUGUUUAGAAGAACAUUGUAUAUGUUUAACUUAAAUUGGAAUGCUUGUUCUCUUGGGAGGGAAGGAGAGAGGAAGGAGAGAAAAAUCAGAAAACAAGAUUUUGCAAAGGUAGAUGUUGAAAACUAUCUCUGUAUGUAUUUGGAAAAAUAAAAUACUAUUAUAAUAAAAAAAGGACUUAAAAGAAAAAAAUAAAAAGUUCAUGGAUCUCAAGUUAAAAAUUUUACUCUUGUUUUAGAGUGAGUCACUAAUUCUCUCUGGGCCUCAUUUUUCUCCUUUGUAAAAUCAAGUGGCAAUUUCUAUGGCUCUUUCUAGCUCUGACAAUCUAUGCUUCUUAGAACAAAACAUUUUUAACUAGAACCUUGAAUAUAAGUGAAACUGAUUUUAUGUCAAGGUAUAAUCCCAUUUAUCUCUUGAUUCCUCUUUAGUUAUCGCAUGGUUCCUGACCACAAGCACCCCGUUCCAUUGAAUGACUGCAUAACUGCUACAAUCUACUUUCUGAGAACUCUGGACACCUAUGGGGUGGAUCCAUCUCGGGUCAUCCUCUGUGGAGACAGUGCUGGAGGGACAAGUGCAACUUCUAUUUGCCAAAUGCUUGUGACCCAACCAGAUCUCCCUAAGAUACGAGCACAGAUUCUGAUUUAUCCUUAUGUCCAGGGAUUUAAUUUCCAGCUGCCUUCGCAUCAACAGAACAAAAAUAUCCCAUUCCUUACCUUGAGUAAUCUUGGACUUUAUAUGUCCCUUUAUUUAGAUUUCCACCCGUCUUGGACAUCUAUAAUUAUGCAAAAUGCUCAUGUGCCUCCUGAGAUGUGGAAGAAGUAUGGGGAAAUAAUUAAUGUCAAUAGCAUACCUAAGAGGUUCAAAGAGAGAGGCUACCAACCCAUGUCACCAGGUUCUUUUAAUGAAGAUGCUUACUUGGAAAGCAAAACGUUGUUACAUACAACACAUUCACCCCUAAUUGCUGACGAUGACAUCAUUGCCCAACUCCCUGAAACCCUGCUUGUGAGCUGUGAGUUUGAUAUCCUACGGGAUGAUGCUUUAUUGUACAAGAAGAGGCUGGAGGAUCAGGGGGUGCCUGUGAGGUGGCACCACAUGGAAGAUGGUUUUCACGGAGUGCUCGUCAGCUUUGGCCAAAAGGGGUUUUAUUUCCCCUGCUCCUUAAAAAUUCUGAAUAUUAUUAUUACUUUUAUAAAGGAACUGUGAACUUCACUCCCAGGACUUUCGGGAAAGAAUGGCUAGGGUGAACUCUGUUUAAAACUUGGGGCCCUAUUGAGUUUCAUUUUACUGAUUUAGGAAAUAGGGCAGGUUUUGGGGCUGAAGAUAAGAGCUUGGGAGGAUUGACCUGCCAUAGAUUCAAGAAUGACAAAACAGUUUCUGAUGGAUAAAUAGUUAAAGAAAGAUGGUUUGAAGUAGUGCUUAAUCACAGACAUGGUGGUGGGAAGACCAGGCAGGUUAAGUCUUAUGUUAUCUUUUCUAAAUCUAUAUUAGUUAUGUGGACUAUUCAUAUUGGGAGUAUCCUAAGAUGAAUUGUGAGUGUGCAAAUGAUUCCAGGAAAAAGGCUCAAGUUUGACGGGAAAACCUGUCUUCACUAUCUGAGCUCCUAGUGACUGGGAAUAAGAGUGACAAAAGGACCUGUGAUUGAGACUUGACAAUAUCAUAUGGUUUUCUGUGACCAACUUGGAAGAAGGAAAGAUGACAUUUCUCUUCGACUCAGAAAUAGGUUUAUACUGGCUAAAAGAGAUCAAAGGAAAAGGAAAAGGGGUCACAAAAUCUUGUUUUCUGAUUUUUCUCUCCUUCCUCUCUCCUUCCCUCCCAAGAGAACAAGCAUUCCAAUUUAAGUUAAACAUAUACAAUGUUCUUCUAAACACAUUUCCAUAUUUAUCAUGCUGUACAAAAAAAAAGGAAAAAAAGUCAUUUUUUUAAAAUACAAAGAACUGGAGUCAAAGGGAAUUCCCAGCAGUUAGACAAUUGCUGAAUCAAUUAUGGUGUGUAAAUAUAAUGAAUUACUAUUGUGAUGGAAGCAAUGACAAAAGGGAGAGUUUUAAAAAAACUUGGGAAAAUGUAUAUGAAUCAAUAAAGGUCAAAUAAGUAGAAUCAAAACAA